GCAGGCAGGGAUCUCCUGCUAGCGCCGAGCUCUUGGACCAGGAAGAGAAGCUGAAUUAAAACCAGCAAAUGUCUGCCAGGGUGCAAGCCUGAAGUUAGAACUGUGCUACCUGCUUCAAAGGAGCUGACCAGAAGACAAAGAACUGCCCUGACCAUGAAGCAGAACUGAGGGAGCCUCACGUCCGGCACCUGACCAUUCUGACAGGAUGGGCAGUCCCCACAAGUUCUAUGAGAGGAUCACCCCGGACUCCAUGAAGGACUUCAAGUACAUCAACAGAGGGGCCUUUGGGGACAUCUACCGGGCUCGACAUCAAGAUUGGGGGAUCGAUGUUGCGGUGAAGAUUCUCAACCGCGAUGCUUCCUGUACCCAAGAGGAACUCCUAAACGAAGCCCGUGCGAUGGACGAGGCACGUUUCACCUACGUUCUCCGUCUCUUUGGUCUCUUUGUGGAUGAAAUGGAGGCAGAUGCAAAGCUGGCAAGUGCCCAGACUGGGCCCAAACUGGGCCUUGUGAUGGAAUUCAUGGAGAAUGGCAGUUUGUCCACCCUACGGGAUCGGGUGCCUUGUGUGCCUUGGGCCUUGAAACUCCGCAUCCUCCACCAGGUGGCGCUGGGCAUGAAUUUCUUGCACGGCCUCAGUCCUCCACUGUUACAUCUGGAUCUUAAGCCCAGCAAUGUCCUACUGGAUGGGGAGCUACAUGUCAGGGUAGCUGAUUUUGGCUUGUCCAAAUUCAAACGCGGAACAACCCAGGGUACCAGUUUCAGCACUGGGGAAGGAGAUGGGUACGGUGGAACACUAGAAUUCAUGCCUCCAGAGGCCUUCAACAAAAAUUACAAGCCAACCCCAGGAACGGAUGUUUACAGCUAUGCCAUCCUUAUGUGGUCAUUGUUAACCGGCGAGGAACCUUAUCAACACAUCCAUCCUGGCAUUAUGAGCUCCUUGAUCAAAAUGCACAUCCCCAAUGGCGAAAGGCCCAGUACUGAGGAGCUGGAGAAGAAGAUCCACGAACUGCCAAAACUGGACGAAUUGAUAAGGCUGAUGAAAAGGUGCUGGUGCAACAACAGAACCCAGAGGCCAUCUUUCCAAGACUGCAGGAAUGAGACAGAGGGAAUAUACUCUUGCUACAAGCACCAGAUUGUCACGGCCGUGCGAGAAGUUCAAGACAUUUUGAUGCAGAGAGACAGUCCCCUGGCAAGGGGGACUAGGCAUGCCUCCAGUCUGAAGUCUAAGGAAAGCAUUCCCAUCAGUUCCCGUCGCACCAGCGUGAAUUCCCUACUACCACAAUUCUCUUCGAUUGGAAUAGAGGACCGUUUUGAGACGAUAGGCUACCAAGAAUCUCCGAGCGUACAAAAUACGGCUACACCUACCGGAAGUGGACUGGCACGGAAUCGAGAGUCCAAAACUUCCCCGCUCCUUCAUCGUAGUUCGAGUAUGAUUCAUAUGAGAGAAGAAGAAGGGCAUGGAAACGAAAGUCCUGGCUCAAGGGUGAAUUUCCGGACAGGAGUCAGACGCUCAGAAGGUAAGCCACGCCCCCUGUCUGACCUGUAUCCAUUCCAAACAUUCCCACCAUAUUACCCUGGAAUGUUUCCCUUUCAACAGUCAUCAUUCUAUAGCCCGUACCCUAAUGGUUCUGGACUUUUGCCUUCGGAUCAGUCCCUUCUGCCCUACUUCAAUCCACACGGAGGUGGCGGGAUCCAUAUUUCGGGCCAAGGCAUUGCAGGGAUCCAGAUCGGAUCAAAUAAUUCAAUGUACGUGGAACCAGAUCCUGGAAACCACCUCAGGAAGAAGAACUAACUCCCGUUUUGUCCCCCUCCCCCCCCCUCUGGACGAUUUUUAUUAAAAAAACAAACAAACCCUCCUCAA